AUGAAGAUUAUGGUCUCGAUGGACAAGCAGAUAACACAGCAGAAGGCUGUCCUCGACACAGCCCAGGUCAAACUAGACCAGAAGCUGGGACGAUACCAAGAGUACUUUCACUCACUUGCAGCGAACACAGAAUCUACUGUGACGCUAGCACCGGCACCACAAGCGACUGUUGAGGAUACUCGUCCAGAGACGGUGCCCAAUAAAGUGGUGGGUGAGCUUUCUCCUGGCACCAUGGAUCCGUAUAACAAAGGCGAUGUGGUCCUUGGGGCUAUUGCUUGA